CCUUUUCAGUAGCAGUCUAACUGUCACUGCGCCACUUCAUCAGCUGUGAACUUGUGGUCGUCAAUCACAUCCCCCAACAGCAGCAGCAGCAGAGGCCAUCCAUCCAUCCCAUCCCAUCCAGCAGAGAGCUAUGCCGGAACAGAGUAACGACUACCGGGUGGUCGUUUUCGGGGCCGGAGGAGUCGGCAAAUCUUCGCUCGUCCUCCGAUUCGUCAAGGGCACCUUCCGCGAGUCUUACAUCCCAACCGUCGAGGACACUUAUCGCCAAGUGAUAACGUGCAACAAGAAUUCCAUCUGCACCCUGCAGAUCACCGACACGACAGGGUCGCACCAGUUCCCGGCCAUGCAACGGCUCAACAUUUCAAAGGGCCACGCCUUUAUCAUGGUCUACUCCAUCACGUCCAGGCAAUCCCUCGAGGAGCUCAAACCCACCUGGGAAAUCAUCAGAGAAAUCAAAGGUUCGCUGGAGAAUGUGCCUCUGAUGUUGGUGGGCAACAAAUGCGACGAGACGGACGCCAGGGAACUGACGGCCAAGGAAGGAGAAGAACAGGCCAGGCAGUGGUCCUCCCACUUCAUGGAAACGUCGGCCAAAACCAACUACAACGUCAAGGAACUCUUCCAAGAGCUCUUGAGUUUGGAUAAGAACCGAGCCAUGUCACUUCAACCGGAUUCCAAGAACAAGGCCAGUCGCUCGGCCUCGGCUCCACCGGGAACAUCUGGCGCCGGAUCGUCGUCGGAGAAACUCAAGGACAAGUGUCGUCUGAUGUGAAUUUAGACAUUCGAUUAUUCCUCAGACUCCUCCUCCUUCCACCAUCAACUUAUAUUCCCACACUAUAAACACACACACGUCUAAACACACUUGAUCAACGUACUAUAAUUAUGUUACAUUAUAUAUUAUAUAAAUAAGACUGAACUGCUAAAUUCGAUUCCAAAUGGGCUACGUACAUCGAAAUUUCGUUUAUUACAUCAUUUCAUCAGCACUCAAUCCAUCGGUAUACAUAUUGAUUGAUAUGGUAUUAUUAUAAUAUACAUUCAUUGAUGGGAAUCAGCUUCAGAAGCUGUAUGAUUGGCACGUUAUUGUAUAGGCUGGCUGCGUUAAGGGGUUUAGGUUUUAUUUUGUAAAAAUAAAUAGUUACGACGACAUGAUAGGAAACCCGAUCAAAAGAAAUCUGUUUUUUUCUCUUUUAAUUACAUAGAGACUUUUAUCAUUCAUCUGACAGAUGUAGAAGCCCUUGUACAGAAUUUUGAUUUGUUAUUUUAUUCAAAUUCAAAUUGUCGAUACCACAUCAUUCGCGUCCGCUUAUUUAAAAAAACAAAAACAAAAUGACUAUACAAAAUUUUACAGGAAAUUCACAUAUAUCAAUCAAAGGUAUUGGUACGUGUAUAAUAGGCUUAGCCUACAUCAUUUCAAAAAAUGUGUAAAACAAAAUAGAGAAAGACACAUAGAGACUAUUAUGGAGCUCAGCAUUCGAUUGGUUAUUAUCAUUUUGUCCCAGACAAUUUUGUAUCAUAGGCAAUUAUCAAACACUAUAAAUGAUGUAAUAAUAAUAAUAAUAAUAAAUAGCCACUUUCGCGUUUCCCCUCAAUAUACCUUUUAAUAUAAUCAUGAUAGGGCAGAGCAGGUUAUUAAAUAUUAAAAUACUCGAAGCGCAUGAUGAGAUAUAUAAAUAGACGUAAACUUUCCGGAUAAAAUUAUUUGUACAAUAUGCCAACAUCAUCACCACUAUAAAUUACAUUAAAAAAUUAUAAUUCGAUAUCUAUUUAUAUGCUGCUGUGCGGUUUAACUCCUUCAUUAACAUUUUUCUCUCGUCGUAUAAUAAUAAUAAUAUACAUAUAAAUAUCUAUAUCCCUCACACUUCCUAAAUUAUUAUUGUUAUUAUAACGAUGUUUUGUAUACUCAUUUCCUCCCGCUCUCGAUUUUUUGUAAACCUCACGGAAAUGAUAGACGACGACGAGAUAAACAGACACACACAAAAGAUACAAAGAAAAAAAACAUUUCUAUGAAAUUAGCCGGGUGCGAUCUCUAUUAAAAAUGAUUGUUAUUAUAUAGGUAUACAUUUCAAUAUAUGAUGUAUACUCUCAGCCACUCUGCAGCAAUUUUCCAUGUAUUAUUCUCUAUUCCGUCAUAUUAUUAACCCCCUCCCCUUUCUUUCUAUUCAACUUCUAUAUUGUGUGUGUCAAUUUCUAUUCAAAUAUCAUCAGCAUCCAACCAAUAUCCUCUUUUAAUGGACUGAUUAUUCGUUAUUAUUCAUUUGGGUUUUCGUUGGACAUAUUAUCUCGACAAUUCCUCUUCCUCUCUCUCUCUCUCCUCAAUUUCGUAUAAAUAUAAUAAUAAACUCAAAAUGAUUACAAACGUCUAGAUA